GGUAGAAAAAGCAAUUGAUUUUACCGCUCCAUAUUUGACACAACCUCCUAACGUCUUGACACGCCCCUCCUUAGACUGUGUUUUACUUUCGAUUUCCCCGACUUGUCCUGCAGGAUUCCAGCAUGUGAUAAAACGUAGGCUACUGAACGCAGCAUGGAAGGAACGACCAUUGAAGUUUGUGGAGUGCCUGAUAUCCUUCCCCCCGAUCGCACUGUGGACAAGCUCACAAUCCACUUUUUACGACCCAAACAUGGGGGCGGGGAGGUUCUAAAAGUAAUCUAUCCCACCUCCACUAAAGGGCAAGCCUUUGUCGUAUUCGAGCUCAGUGAAGUGGCGGCCCAGGUUGCACGUUUGGAACAGACCUUGGAUAUGGGCCUGGCUGAGCAGUUUCCCCUGAAGGUUGAGAUUAUAGACCGGUCUGAGGUGGACCUACCUGUUGAGGCCACGUUGGACCUGUCCAUGUUCCCUGACCAGAGUGAAGUCCUUCGUCUCCUGCAGAAGCACAACUUUGAGGUGUCUCAGGCCGGCUCCAGUCCCGGCAUAGUGCUGCUGCAGGGGACUUUCCUGAGCCUGCGCGCGGUCCGUACCCUGCUGCAGAAACAGCUGCAGGAGCCACUCCAGCACCACGCCAGGCAUCACGCCAAUGGAGACCGCCCCUUGUCGCUCUUAGAUGGCAACGCCUCAGGUGCGCUCCCCAAAUACUCAUCCAGAACGCUACCUUACGCGAACGGGUCCCAUGGUAACGCGAGUGAGCGUUCUACUACUAACAGCUCACAGGACUACCUGAGCGCAAGGAGCUCGUCAGUUAGCAGGAGCCCGGCAGGGUUAGAUAGCUCUUCCGCCGGCUCAGAGCAGUCGCUUUCGUCGUAUUAUCACUCGCGGGACGGGAGAUCUUCUCGAAAACCAGGCUAUUUGUUGCAGGACUCGGGAGCUCCUCAAAGCUUACCCAUCUAUCCAAGUGAGACUUUGACAACCAAACCACCACUGCAGCGGGUGACGUCGUCUAUCAGGGAGACCACUCUCCCAGUGGAGGCAGAUGCCUUUUGUUAUACCUGGAGCUUCGCCAAAGACAAUGUAGACACCAUACUCAAAAGAUAUGGCAUAGAAUAUGGAACAGAGGGGAAUUCAGGGGUAACAACCCUUAUUCUGAAGGGAAGAGAAUGUGAGAGAGCCAAGCAGGAGCUGGGUGUUCUAUUCCAGAAGGUUUCCUCAUCUUUAUGCACCCAAGAGAUACAUUUGUCUGAACUCAGUCACGUGAGGAAAUCACAAAUUGGCAAAGAGAUCCAGAAAUGUAAAGAUAUAUUUAAAGUGAUGAUCAGACAAACGGAUAACUCGAUUGUAAUCAUUGGAACUUCCUCAGACAGCUAUGCUAUGAAGCAGCGAGUUUUAGGAGAACCUGAAGCCUUACCAGCGCCUGGGCGCACAGGCCGAAAUACUGAACGAGGGUCCACAGCUCGGCGUAGUGCAUCCUUGCCCAAACACCAGAAGUUAAGGUCUGACCAGGACAGUAGAACAAGGAUGGACUCGGCUGGGCCUCAGACCUAUUCUCCGUUACCUUACCAGGACAGUAAGCCUCAUGAAAGGGCGGUCAUGGCAGGGUCACGCAGUAGAACCAGCUCAGAGAGCAGAGAUAGGGCAGUGGCUCAUAGGUCUGUGCCCAAUACACAACUGGAGCCUACGUCGCCCUCUAGAGGACAUCAAAAACCUCCAUCAAUGAAGGAAACACUAGUUUCACUAAUCAAUCCAACAGCAAUUAAAAACAAGUUGACCAAAAAAAAGUAGUCUUAGAUUCACAGUCUAACUUCUGUAUUUGUAGAGCUUUCCACACUACAAAAUGUUUUAAGUUACUAUUAACAUCUUGUGAUUAUGACUUUACAUAAAUGACAAAUCGCUUGUGGCUCAUAAGUCAUGUAGACAGAAGGUUUUAUGUCAUGAUUACUAAUAAAUACUAAAUAGUACAUACUAGUAAAUAGUAAAAGUUGUAGUGAAGUUUUUCUGAUCAAUAACCAUAUCUUAUGAUAUUAACCAUGAUAUUAACCAUUUCUGGGAUUGCAUCUCUUAAAUACAGUAGUAGGGACUUGGGGUCAAAUCAUGGAGGUAAUAUCUAUUUUGAUUAUUUAUUAACUGAGUAUGGAAGGAUUGUUUUGACUGAAGACACUUUGUAUAGCCUGUAUUUGUUUUCUGAAGGCUGGAAUUGUUUAAAACAUUUUUUUUUUCUUUUGGAAAAAGUGGCGAAAAGCUUAAUACUUCUGAAAGAUGUUUGAUCUGAAUUGCAUUUGGAUUACAUUUGUGUGACUGACAUUAAACAUAGAAAAUGAAAAGCAGAGAAUGAAAGUCUCAUUGCAUGUAAUUCAUAUUUUUGCCACCUUUGGAUGUUGUUUGGAUAAUUUCUGAGUCUAACUGCCUAUUAGCUUU